ACCCGUUUACUAGAUUAGUAAUAAUUGGCUCUUAAAUUCUUAAAAUAAAAUAUUUAAAUAAACGCAAUGAAUUGCACGGAUGAUAUACAAUCGACUCAACAGGAUGAAGAAGCUGAGGAAAACGGGCGCAUCAUCCAGCUGCAAGACCUAAUUGAAAAAAAUAUACAGAUUGAGCAAAAGAUCGAAUCUCGUUCUUUUGGCGAGUCUAUGUCGGCCAUUUUUGACAUUUUAGGUAAAGCGAACGAUGUUGUCAAAGGCUAUGAGGAGCGCAAAACAAAUUCAACAGAGAUUUUGCUGGAUUCUGAACUCUUAAGACGCAAUCACGAAGUAGUUGGAAAGGCGAUACAAUAUAAUACGAAUUUUACUGAUCGAAUGUAUUGUACGGCAAUAAACAAUGUUGUUUUCAAAGAUAAUGCAGAGGAUUGGAAUGCGCUGUGCCGCCUUGCUUGCCGGCAUGGAAUGCCUAGCUUUACAAAUGCCUCGAUGUUGCCUUUUAUUAAUGUAGAGCCUAAACAGCAUGUUGCCAAACAACGAGCAACACGUAAAGUCGUUACAAAUGCAGUAGAAAAGCGCCCGAAACAAAGUGACAAGCUCGAGCGCAGGGGCGAAGGUUCGGCGGCUGUGAAUUAUGUGAUGAAACAGAUUAAAACUAUUUACCGAGCGGGCAAUAAUCAACCAAUACCAUAUUUUAAACUGAUCUGUAAUCCACAAAACUUUAUGGACACUGUUCAAAAUUCACUGAUUGUAUCGUUUUUGAUAAAAGAAAAUCUGUUAUUGAUGGAAAACGGAGCAGAUGGAUUACCUCAAGUAAAACUAAAUAGCAAUCCGAAAGAAAAUGCUGCAAGUGAAUCCUUUCAAGCCAUUUGUCGCUUAGAUGUUGAACUCUGCGAGAAAUAUGUUAAGCAGUACAAUAUCAAGGAGCCCCUGCUAAAGCGCACAGAAUCCGAUGAAAGCUGAUCAUAUUCUUUUAUAUUUCAUCCUUUAUCUAUUCACAUAUAAAUGUUUUUGUGUAUAGAUUAGACCACGCGUUAAAUAGUUGAGCUUGAAUGUUAAUAUGUUAUAUGUAAUAGAGAGAGAGAGAGAGUGUGUGUGCCUGUGUGUGUUCACAUCUUAUUGUUGCGAGUAAUACAGCGCGGCUAAUUUCUCUAGCUAAGAUGAGCUGUUUAUAUUCGAGAGUAGUCUAUAAAUUUGGCAAGAAAGAGAGCGAUAGAAAAAAAACCGUUUUUUUUU